AUGUCUCUCAGCUCCGCGACCGGCAACCUGGCUGGCCGUCCACCCAAAUUGACCAAUGACCUCAAAUCCACCGUCCAGCAAACCCAGGACACCACCACGCAAACCGCCACUCAGUUGUCCGACUCGGUCCUCCCCGGUGAAUUUCCUGGCGAUUCGGAUCACAUCCAUGAUGCGCAGCGCGACGACACCAACAACGGACCCGUGCUAGCGCCUCUCCAGCAGUGGUGUCGCCAGUCCCUCCCGCGUCUACUCGAUCGCUUCGAGGCUCAUCUCGCCGGACUGCUUUCCUGGAUCCUACCAGCACCACGCCAGGCCUGGCUGUACGAUGAGGCCGCGCGCCGUCCCGCCAGCACCACCUUUCUCAUCUGCCAGGCCAUCUGCUGUGGUGUGCCCUUACUCGUCUUUCUCGCGGGGGUCUUUGUCUUCGCUGCGGUCGCCAUUCUUCUCUGGGCGAUACUAUCAGUUCUCAUCCUGGGGCCGGUGCUCCUGGUGGCCAGUAUGAUGGGCGUGUCGCUGUGGGGUUGGGGUUGGUUGCUGUAUGGCCUCGUCAAGUGGAUCGAUGAGAAAUACCUGGGCGGGUUGAUCUCUCGGUUCUGGCUGUCGCGUAUGCCAUCGCCGGAGGGUCAGGAUCAGGAAUCGGCAGAAGGACAGGAUGGAACCCAGGAGAAGAAAGCACAGUAA